CUUUUAGAUCUCCAUCCUUCUCACAAGUCAAGUCAAUUCACUGGCUCCUUAUUGCACACUGAGCACUUUACAGUGAAUCCACCCCAAACCUCCAUCCAUCCCUCCUCCAAACGCAGGCUCUGCUCACACCAGCACUACUGAUACUGAUCUUGGAAGUACAGACUGGAGAUAUUGAUCUGCAACCUCCAGGGAAUUCUCUGCAAGCUACAACAAGUGCUCUGCAAGCUGCCAGUCUGCGCUCAGACUGCUACACACAGCGCUCUGCGCGCUACACAAAGUGCUCUGCACUGGAUUCUCCCCCAGGUGAGAGAUCUAUACAUUGUAGCUGUGCGUUUAUCAGAAUGGAUACAUUAGGUGCUCUCAUUAGUUAACCUGCCUGUAGGUAGACAGAUAGCAACGGACUUAAUAGUAAUAGAGGACAUGUUUUAUAAAUAAUGGUAGAAGAUACGCAGAUAAUAAUCAGAGUAAUAAUAAUUACUUUGUGAUGUGUGCACCUGUUAUACUAUGAAGCCACCCAGCCACAUACCCCCUAUUGUGGGAACCAUCCCCCUUCAUGCUAUACACAGCAUAGUUUGGGGUAGAGUACAUGUAAUGUAUAGGAGCCAGCGCAAGGUGAGUUAGGGUCAGCUAGCAUAAUCAAAAUAAUUAGUGUUUACAGCAAUCAAUACAUUGUCCCACAACCCAGCACUCUCUCUGUCUCUCACAACAUAGCACUCUCUCUGUCUGUCUCUCACAACCCAGCACUCACUCUGUCUGUCUCUCACAACCCAGCACUCACUCUGUCUGUCUCUCACAUCCCUCGUCUCCCACAACCCAGCACUCUCUCUGUCUCUCACAACACAGCACUAUCUGUCUGUCUCUCACAUCCCUCGUCUCUCACAACCCAGCACUCUCUCUGUGUCUCUCACAACCCAGCACUCUCUCUGUGUCUCUCACAACCCAGCACUCUCUCUGUCUCUCACAACAUAGCACUCUCUCUGUCUCUGACAACACAGCACUCUCUCUGUCUCUCACAACACAGCACUCUCUCUGUCUCUCACAACACAGCACUCUCUCUGUCUCUCACAACACAGCACUCUCUCUGUCUCUCACAACACAGCACUCUCUCUGUCUGUCUCUCACAUCCCUCGUCUCUCACAACCCAGCACUCUCUCUGUCUGUCUCCCACAACCCAGCACUCUCUCUGUCUCUCACAACCCAGCACUCUCUCUCUGUCUCUCACAACCCAGCACUCUCUCUCUGUCUCUCACAUCUCUCUCUGCACUCUCAUCCACUAUAUUCUUCCACUCUGCACUCUAUCAGUUUGCACUCUAUCUUGCACUCUCCAUUCUCAUGCACUCUCUCCCCCUCAUUCUCUGCUCCAGAAACUAGCUCUCCAAUCGCUUUUGGUAUCUAAAUAUUUAUGUACAGAGCAGACAGUCGAUUAGUUACAGAGACUCACCCUCUGUUACCCCCCACCCCCGUCUCAUCCUAUCUUCCCCUCUCUCUCUCUCUCUCUCUCUCUCUCCCAUGACCGGUGUUAAUGAUCUGUCACAGAUAGACAGUCAGGGAAACAGUCUCUUUAGACAGUGUCUAGAGCAGUGCAGUUCCUAGACCAGAGCAGAGCAGAUGUAACCACAUGCCAGCUGACAUAAGCACUCUCACGGUCACUUUUACACAACUCUCUCUCUCUCAGCACUCUGUACUGUCAACAGUCUCACGCAGCACUCUCAACACCAGUUUCACUGCUUUCUCUCUAUCAUCACUCUUAUUCUCAUUUCUCUCUGCCAGCACUCUCACCAUUGGCCCUUUAACAUUGCUCUCUCACACGUCAUACUUUCUUAAUGUCAGCACUCUAACGCGGCACACUCUCUAUGUCAGCACUCUAAGUCUUUAACACUACCAUAUCUCGGUACUUUAUCUCUUUGGCACUCUUAACAUUACCCACUAUCAGCACUCUUACAAUGCUCUCUCUAUCACUAUCAGCACUCUUACACUGCUCUCUCUAUCACUAUCAGCACUCUUAUUACUAUCAGCACUCUUACACUACUCUCUCUCUAUAUAUAUAUAUAUCACUAUCAGCACUCUUACACUACUCUCUCUCUAUAUAUAUAUAUCACUAUCAGCACUCUUACACUACUCUCUCUCUAUAUAUAUCACUAUCAGCACUCUUACACUGCUCUCUCUCUAUAUAUAUAUAUUACUAUCAGCACUCUUGCACUACUCUCUCUCUCUAUAUAUAUAUCACUAUCAGCACUCUUACACUACUCUCUCUCUAUAUAUAUAUAUCACUAUCAGCACUCUUACACUGCUCUCUCUAUAUAUAUCACUAUCAGCACUCUUACACUGCUCUCUCUAUAUCACUAUCAGCGCUCUUACACUGCUCUCUCUAUAUAACUAUCAGCACUCUUACACUGCUCUCUCUAUCACUAUCAGCACUCUUACACUGCUCUCUCUAUCACUAUCAGCACUCUUACACUGCUCUCUCUCUAUCACUAUCAGCACUCUUACACUGCUCUCUCUAUAUCACUAUCAGCACUCUUACACUGCUCUCUCUAUCACUAUCAGCACUCUUACACUGCUCUCUCUAUCACUAUCAGCACUCUUACACUGCUCUCUCUCUAUCACUAUCAGCACUCUUACACUGCUCUCUCUCUCUAUAUAUAUCACUAUCAGCACUCUUACAGUGCUCUCUCUCUAUAUAUAUAUAUCACUAUCAGCACUCUUACACUGCUCUUUCUAUAUCACUAUCAGCACUCAUACACUGCUCUCUCUAUAUCACUAUCAGCACUCAUACACUGCUCUCUCUCAUCACUUUAUCAAAACUCACUCACACUAUUCUCCCACAAUAUGCUCUCUUGUACUAGUCUGUGCUCCACCACAUGGUUCUCUCACACUCACUCACAACUCUUUCACUGCGCAUUCUGAGCUCUCUUACACAAUUACACAUACAGCUCUCCUUUAUCCAAGAACUGCUCUCUUUCCUACCCAAUUCUCUCACACAGCACUCUCAUAUUGCUAUCCUAGCCUGCUCUCUCACACAGCACUCUCACAUUGCUUUCCUACCCAAUUCUCUCACACAUCACUCUCACAUUGCUAUCCUAGCCCGCUCUCUCAUACAGCACUAUACUAUUGCUAUCCUACCCAACUCCCACACAGCACUCUCACAUUGCUAUCCCUGCUCUCACACAGCACUCUCACAUUGCUAUUCUACCCCGCUCUCUCACACAUUGCUAUUCUACCCCGCUCUCUCACACAGCACUCACACAUUGCUAUUCUACCUUGCUCUCUCACACAGCACUCUGCUAUUCUACCUUGCUCUCUCACACAGCACUCUCACAUUGCUAUUCUACCCCGCUCUCUCACACAGCACUCUCACAUUGCUAUUCUACCCCGCUCUCUCACACAGCACUCACACAUUGCUAUUCUACCCCGCUCUCUCACACAGCACUCUCACAUUGCUAUUCUACCCCGCUCUCUCACACAGCACUCUCACAUUGCUAUUCUACCUUGCUCUCUCACACAGCACUCUCACAUUGCUAUUCUACCCUGCUCUCUCACACAGCACUCUCACGUUGCUAUCCUACCCCGCUCUCUCACACAGCACUCUCACAUAGUCCCACCAUGCUCUCACACAGCACUCUCACACUGCUAUCCCAGCUUACUCACAGCACUCUCACAUUGCUAUUCUACCCCGCUCUCUCACACAGCACUCUCACAUUGCUAUUCUAUCCCUGCUCUCACACAGCACUCUCACAUUGCUAUUCUACCCCGCUCUCUCACACAGCACUCUCACGCUAUUCUACCCCGCUCUCUCACACAGCACUCUCACAUUGCUAUUCUACCUUGCUCUCUCACACAGCACUCUCACAUUGCUAUUCUACCCCGCUCUCUCACACAGCACUCUCACAUUGCUAUUCUACCCCGCUCUCUCACACAGCACUCUUACAUUGCUAUCCUACCCCGCUCUCUCACACAGCACUCUCACAUAGUCCCACCCUGCUCUCACACAUCGCUCUCACAUUGCUAUCCCAGCACUCUCACACAGCACUCUCACACUGCUAUCCCAGCUCUCUCACACAGCACUCUCACAUUGCUAUUCUACCCCGCUCUCUCACACAGCACUCUCACACUGCUAUCCCAGCUCUCUCACACAGCACUCUCACAUUGCUAUCUCAGCUUUCUCACAGCACUCUUAAAAUGUUGUCUUACACUUGGAUCCUGUACUGCUUUCUCCUUAAAAGAGUGUAAGUGUGCCGAAUGAGUGAAAGGAGUAUAAAUGUGCUUAUAGUGAGGGCAGUGUAAGAGUGCUGAUACUGGGGGCAGUCCAAGUGUGCCGAUAGUGAGGGCAGCGUAAAAACACUCUUACACAACCCUCUCAAAAGCAGCACUCUUACAAAACUAUCUCACAAUUAGUAUUGUUACACAACCUUCUCACAAUCAGCACGUAACACUGCUCUCCAAAUCCGUAUCAUUGCACCACUCUUUUAUAGACUGAUACAUACAUCACUUCCUGCUACUCAGUAUUCUCACACUAAUCUCUCACACUCAGCACUCUUUCACUCCCCUUUCUCUGCUUGAUUUGCAUUGCUCACUUAACUUCCUCACGAACCCAGCUAGUUUACUUCAUGUCUCACUUUUGGUUUGCUACACUGUAACUCUACAUCUUUAGUAGUUUUACACUAUUACGUCUAUAACACAAAAACUCUGACAUUCAUUCUUACAAUGCUACACCUUACCUACACUCAUUAACACACAUUAAAGCUCUGUGCAACUUCAAUACAUCUUCUCUGCAUAGUCAAUUCUCUUCUCACAAACACUCAGAAGGUUAUUUUCUCUAGACUCGGCAGUCUUACGUUAGAUCUCACUCAGAAUUCUAACAAUGGAUCUUCCUCUAAUACUAUAUAAUCCCUACUCUUAAAGAUUUCACCAGCAUUCCAACCCCUAAAAUUUACACUAAAACAAGAUACGCUCUUAUCAAAGAUCUUCAUUAGAUGCCCCUUGUGCUUUGGUCUUACACUUUGCACUCUAAUAUCUGAUCAUUUCUAACACUGGUCUCAAAUACGUUCUUCCCUAACUUAACAUUGGAACCUUAGCUCUCCCCAAAACUCAAAAUUCUAUCAUUCGAUGCCUCACCUGCAGCUCUCAUUCUGUUAUAUUGUUUCCGUCCCUACAGACACUGCUGGUACUCUGCUGAUGGAGUGUUAGAGGAAAAAGUCAUGAGCCAAAAUGAGCAGUCUAUCUGAGUACACAGACAGCUCUAAACCCCAGGGAGGGACGGAGGAAGAGUGGGAGGAAGACGAAAAAGAGACAAAAUUGAGUUGGAGUAAGAGAGAAGACAAGAGAGGGUAUAGUCAAAGAGGAAAAAAGGCCUAGUUUCUGUGGACUUUGUUUGUGCCAUGUCGAACUUCACUUCUCCAGAUGCUUGUAACGUUGAUUCUGGCCUGGACGGAGUGCUUCCACCCUCGCUCUACGCACUGGUCUUUGUGGUGGGUCUGCCAGCUAAUUUACUGGCCUUGUGGGCAGCUUGGCUUCAAGUUAGGCAGGGUAGAGAACUUGGUGUCUACCUCCUCAACCUCUCCCUCUCUGAUCUUCUCCUCAUUUGUGCACUCCCACCAUGGACGGAUUACUACCUGCGGCGGGAUGUUUGGGGUUAUGGCCCCGGUGCCUGCCGUCUUUUUGGUUUUGUAUUCUAUACCAACCUGUAUGUGGGAGCCGCUUUUCUUUCCUGUGUAUCUGCUGACCGAUAUCUAGCCGUGGCCCAUCCUUUACGUUUCCCUGGUGCUAGGCCCAUACGCUCAGCUGCUGCUGUCUCAGCUCUGGUUUGGCUACUUGAGUUGGCGGCCAAUGCUCCCCCACUGCUUGGAGAUGCCAUCCACCGGGAUCAAUACAACCACACCUUCUGCUAUGAGAGUUACCCCCUUUCUGGGAGAGGAGCGGCCUUGGCUAAUGUGGGGAGGGUGUUGGCAGGUUUUCUGUUGCCCUGGGGGGUUAUGAUGGUCUGCUAUGCCGGGCUGCUGAGAGCUCUGCGAGGAAGUGCAUCCUGUGAGAGAAGAGAACGAAGGAGAGUGCGGCGGCUAGCUCUUGGGCUUCCUUGCGUAGCACUGCUGUGCUAUGGGCCAUACCAUGCUUUACUCCUCCUACGAAGUGUGGUUUUCCUGGUUGGGGGAAACUCUGUGGCUUCAGGUGGAGACUGCGCAUUGGAGGAAAGACUUUUCCCUGCCUACCAUGCAUCACUAGCCCUGGCCACCCUGAACUGUCUGGCAGAUCCUGCCCUCUAUUGUUUGGCAUGCCCUGGAGCUCGGGGGGAAGUGGCAAAGGCAGUAGGAGGGGUAGUGGCAUGGGCAUUGGGCAAAGACCGAAUGGGCUGGGGGGAGAGGGGCAUUGAGGGCAGAGGAGGAGAAGAGCUCAGGAUGGUGGAAUUGGGGAGAGGGCAAGGGGUGCAUGUGGUAUGAGGAUAGAAAGGUAACCUGUGCUG